CCGGCGGGGAGGGACCGAUUUGUCUUCUUUCCGCCGGUUCGUCAAGAUUUCCGGCGGAUCUCCGCGUGGCCAGCCGCAUCCCGCUUUCCAGCUCUUCCGAGCUCUGGUUUUCCAGCUGCCGGUGGAAUUAGGUCUUCGGACUAGUGAGCAUUUCUUGAUUUCGUGGUUCUCUUGGUUCUUGGUAUUCGUUGUUUGCGAUGAGAAGCAAAGAUUUCGUUUGAGCAGAGAUCUUCUCUUGCUUCGUCUUUUGGAGAAAGUUAGGAACAAGAAAUUACUUUUCCCCCAACUAUAUUAACAUCCUUCUCAUGAAAUAUGCGAAUUUAAGAUGCCUCUGAUGGUCGAAGACAUUAAGUAUGUUGGCAAAGACUUAAUAAAAUUUUUUCAGUUAUGACACUCCACCAUGCCUUGAAGAAGUGAUUCCGACUGCACGCAUGUCGAGAUCUUUGAAUGCCAACAAACUACUGGAGUGUCGGCGGUGUGUCUAUUAAUCACUGGUCUUUCAGUUUAAACCCUUAGGUUUGAUUCACCAAGUUUGAAUGCUAAUGGAGGGGGGUUGUUAUCUAUUAUGAUGAUUACGUUAUGCAAGUUGUGCAUGUUCUUGAUGGAGCAGAUGUGGACCAUAUAAUUGUUUAACAUAGUCCCAUUAUGCUUGACGAGCACUUCAAUGAGACAAUUUUUCAUGAAAUGUCAGAGGCUACUCUUUGUUGUGAUAGUGCCACUUUUAAUGAGUUUAACCAACGCAAUAAGUCCAGAUGGUGAGGUGUUGCUUAGCAUUAAGACAGCAAUUGUUGGUUCAGAUGGUGUUUUCCUCAAUUGGAGACAAGAAGAUCCUGAUCCUUGUGGUUGGAGAGGUGUAACAUGUGACAGUAGUACUAAGAGAAUUAUUCAUCUGAGGCUUGCCUACCACAAGUUGAUUGGUUCCAUAUCACCAGAAAUAGGAAAGCUAAAUUACUUAAAGCUGCUAGCUCUGCAUGGCAACAGCUUAUACGGUGUCAUCCCUCCAGAACUAGGAAAUUGCACAGAGCUACAAUAUUUAUCUUUGCAGGGAAAUUAUUUGAGUGGAACUAUUCCACCAGAGCUUGGUAAUCUUUUGGAGUUGCAGAUUUUGGAUAUCUCUAGCAACACUCUGAGCGGAACCAUUCCUCAAUCUCUUGGUAACCUCACAAAAUUAACAUUAUUCAAUGUAUCAAUGAACUUUUUGACUGGAAGAAUAUCAUCUGAAGGUGCACUCUUCAAAUUUAAUGAGGCUUCCUUUAUUGGAAACCGUGGAUUGUGUGGAAAGCAAAUUGGUGUUGUCUGCAAGGAUGAGAUUCCAUCACCCUCAGGAGGUUCUCAACUAUUCUAUCCAGAUAACCUAAAGCACCCGUCAAAGAAUUCUGCUAAGCUUGUUACAAGUGCUGUAGCAACAGUAGGAGCUUUGUUGUUGGUGGCACUAAUGUGUUUCUGGGGUUGCUUCCUUUAUAAGAAGUUUGGUAAAGGUGACAUCAGUGGUCCUGCGAUGGAUGUUAGUGGAGGUGCAUCCAUAGUAAUUUUUCACGGGGACUUGCCCUACUCAUCAAAAGAUAUUCUUAGGAAACUAGAGACCUUAAAUGAGGAAAACAUCAUCGGUUCUGGGGGCUUUGGAACUGUAUACAAGCUUGCCAUGGAUGAUGGAAAUGUUUUCGCAUUGAAAAGAAUAAUGAAGACAAAUGAAGUCCUGGAUCGGUUCUUUGACAGAGAACUUGAAAUUUUGGGGAGCAUUAAACAUCGGUAUUUGGUUAAUCUUCGAGGAUAUUGCAAUUCACCUUCCUCUAAGUUGUUAAUCUAUGAUUUCUUACCUGGUGGAAGCUUGGAUGAAGUAUUACAUGAAAGAGCAGAACAAUUGGACUGGGAUGCACGCCUUAAUAUCAUCCUGGGCGCUGCAAAAGGACUUGCAUACUUGCAUCAUGAUUGUUCACCUCGAAUAAUACAUCGUGACAUCAAGUCCAGCAACAUAUUACUUGAUGGGAAUCUUGAAGCUCGUGUAUCUGAUUUUGGACUUGCAAAAUUGUUGGAGGAUGAAGAGUCACAUAUAACCACAAUAGUUGCUGGAACCUUUGGUUAUCUUGCUCCAGAGUACAUGCAGAGUGGUAGGGCUACAGAAAAAACUGAUGUGUACAGUUUUGGUGUCUUGGUGCUUGAAGUAUUGAGUGGAAAACGGCCAACUGAUUCAUCAUUCAUUGAGAAAGGUUUGAAUAUAGUUGGAUGGAUAUUUCAUUGGACCUGUUGUGGAUCCACUAUGGCACCUUGUCAAUUUUUGCAUCACUUGCUUAUAACAAGACUUGAUUCCGGAUUAGCAUGUCUAUGCUGGGUUUUGCAUGGAGCUCGUUCUCUUUUUGCUGGGGCUUUCCUGAGCUGGAAGUUAUCUUUAGAUUGGAGUUUUUCUCUUUGCUCUAUCAGUUGUCUGAGUUCAAGUGAACAGGGUGAUUUUUUUUGUGCUCAGCUUUAGGAGGAUCAAACACCCAUGUUCAGACUUGGGCUCUGAGAUCAGUCUGCUUUGGUUUCAGAGAAGGGGGAGUCGGGGAUGUGCAGAUUGAGGAGAGAUCUAGAGUCGCAGCCUAGUGGGAUCGGGUAGUUAAGUUAUAUUUAAUGGAUUCAUAGUCGCCCAUUAUUCUUCUCCAAAUGCAAUUUCCCAGAUCAUGGUGCUACAAUGCUACUUUGUUAGUGAGAGAUGUAAUGGGGGCAUAUUGCAAGUACUCCAUUUUUAUUUCCUUUUUUGUCCAUCCUGGCAUAUGGUCAGGGUUGUUGAGUUCACGGGGAAAUGGUGAUGAUGCUGGAAUCUGAAUGAAGAGAGGGAUCCUACUGCAGAAACAAACCAUACUCUUUCAUCUAUUUGGGGUAAAAAACACUAGUGUUUAUAUCUAUUGGAUCUGAGGGUUGGAUCUCCAACAUUCUAUGAAAUUACACAGCUGAGAUUAGCUGAUACAUAAGUUGAUCGAAUAACUCAGUCUUAAUGAGCUGAGCCUGAGCUAAUUGGGUUUUGUUUGGGCUUUUGGCUCGUUAAGCUGCUCAGGAGCGCUGAACUGUUGGUAUGUGUUUUAUUUGCUUUGAAGACGAGCUAUGCUCGAGCUGCUCGAGCCUGGGGGCUGAGCUUAAGUUGUUCAUGAGCAACAAGUCCUAAUCACAUCUCUUGCUGAGGGCUAGUUGUAAUAUAUGCAGUAACCUAUUCAGGUAUACUCUAGGGGUUUGUUCUUGCUUAUUCCUGGAUCAAGUAAUGGCAUGAUGAUUUCCUACACGAUCUUUUGUAGCCAAUUUUAAGCCUGUAAACAUUAUUUAAGAGCAUGCCAAUUGUGGAGGCUUUCUCAUUGACCUUUUUUUGUAUAACCACAAUCACAAAUUCCAGGUAGGAAUGGGUCUUUCUAACUUCUCAUGCGCAAGCUUUACAUUUGGAAAAUAUGCACUGGGGAAAUUACAUAUCAAACUGAUUUUAUAAGUGAACGAACCUAUAUUUGGUAAGAAAUGACUUAUACAUCAUUCUCAUUUUCUGUUUCAGCUGAAUUUUUUGAUUGUGGAGAAUCGCCAAAGAGAAA